UCUGGCGGGUAGAUCGUCUUUCGAUACGCCGCGUCAAAUAGGCCGUCUGUGUCCACAUGCUCACUGACAAAUCUACUUUUGUUGCUGUUGUUUUGGGGGUUUUAUUCCACUUGAGUUGUCGAUGUUGAAAACAAUUUGAAAGGAUUUAUCUUGGUGUCAUUUCCUAAUAACACAAACUCACAUUUCACUUAUUAUAUGCGCUGUAUCUGCACGCUUUCCUUGAGUUUGAUCACUCCUUGUACUUUCACUGCUGUUUUAUUUUUUGUUUUUUAACUAUCGGUAUCUGUCUGACAACUUUGGCCGCCCCUGUCCAGUACCAAGCGUCCAGUUAGCGGUCCGCGGGCCGUUUGUUCGGAAGACCACCGAGCAUCAGGAGGGGGGGGACUUUAGAGGGCUCCGAUUGGUCAAUUUACAGAGCCGCCUGAAUACCAGGCGCCCGAUUGGCCAAGAUUGCAGUCAGUCACGAAGCGUUUGACGUAGCCCCUCCCUUCUUUGCACCAACUCGACGUCCGGCCCAAAGCGGCGUUUUGACGCCGACGUCCAAUUCGCGGCGUGUUUUGAAACGUGAUCGUGUGCGGAGCGGAAGCCGAACGCGUGCGAACGCGCUCUCGCUCGUGAGAUAUUCGGAGGAUCGGAUUCCCUUCGCAAAAUUGGCGCCGCCCCCCCCCCCCUUUUUCCCCCGCAAUGGAGGCUGCCGACGGGAGCCGUCAGGACCAGAGCAGCGUCGGCCACCACACGUCGACGCCUCGUUGAGCGACGCAAUUAAGCGCCCCCCCCCCCCAUUUGCACACACACCUGUCUCCGCUCGUCGACAACACAGCAUGCUACAGUAGAACCACAACUUGACGGUCGGCCUCAGAGCGACACGUUGGAACGGCUGAGCGUGAGCACGACGACAAUCAUGCCCAAGUGACCGCAAGAGCACAGCGGUGUCACCGCCAAACUUUUGGGGGGGGGGGGGGCGCUUCAGUUUGAUUUCGAAGCGCCCAGACCGUCGUCGUCCUCCCACCACCAUGUCAGUCACAGAGAACCCCUGUCGCAAAUUCCAAGCCAACAUUUUUCAGAAGAGCAAAUGUCAGAAUUGCUUUCAGCCUCGAGCGUCGCACCCGCUCCACGACCAAGACCUCGGCCAGGCGAAGCCCGUCUACGGAGGAUGGUUGCUCCUCGCGCCGGAGGGAAGCGAUUUUGACAAUCCUUUACACCGAACUCGGAAAUGGCAAAGGCGUUUUUUCAUCCUCUACGAGCACGGUUUGCUCCGCUACGCGCUGGAUGAAAUGCCCGCUACGCUUCCCCAGGGGACCGUCGACAUGAACCGCUGCUCCGACGUCACGGACGGAGAGUCCAGGACGGCUCACGAGAACUCCUUGUGCGUCGUGACCCCUGAAAAGGAGCUCUUCCUUCGAGCCGAAUGGAAAGAAAUGAUCAACGGAUGGCAGGAAGCUCUCAGCGUGUACCCCAGAAGCAACAAGCUGAAUCCCAAGAAGAAGCGCAAGGUGGAGCCGCCCGCUCAGCAGGAACCGGGCCCGGCCAAAGUGACGGUGACGGCGGCAGAGACGGAGACGGCAUCCCUCGCCUGCCCGGCGGCACCGCCGACGCCGAGCGUGUCCUGCCGGAGUCGGGCCACCGCGCCCCGCAGCCCAAGCGGCGCCUCGUUUCUCGCCCGGCCGGGCCGGAGCCAAACCGACCCCGCCGGCGCCGCUCAAGAUGACGGUGGCGCUACGAGCGCUGGACGCAAAGUGCGAGUGGAGAGCGCUUACUUUUCCCCGGAGAAGACAAAGUCCGAGCCCUCUCCGAAACCUGCGCAGAAUCCCCCUGCGCCCCGGCAACCGGCCCCGUCCUCGUCGACAUCGUCCUCUUCCGCAGGAGCCCCCGGGCGCGCUUGCGAAGCCAAAGCCCGCCCCCUGCCCCCGGGAACCCUCGCCCGCCCCGGCCACGCCGCCGUCGCUUCCUCCCGGCCCUCCCCGGACCGCCAACCCGACGACGGGACGCCCUACCGGGAGGGCCGCCGCGCGGCGGGGAGAGGGAGCGCGGCGAGUGCGACUCGCGGAGGAGCCGGAGCGGCUGCUUCGGACGGGCGGCCCGCGGCGCGCGGGACGACCUCCCGCGAAACCUUCGCUUCGCGGGAAAAGCUGCAAGACCUCGGAGCGCGCACGCAGAGUCCCGGACGUGAAGAGGUGGCCCGGCUGUUCGGGGAGGAGCGCAGACGUUGGCGAGUCAUCGGCCGAUUUGAGGAAGGUCCAAAUGCGGAGCGAACCGACACGAGCGGCUGCGGCGAACCGUCGUCGGACGUCAACGAUGCGCGGCGACGAGGCCGCCGCGGCGAGGGACGUCGUCUCUCCGACAGAUGCGACGCGUCGUCGGACGCGGGACAGGAGCGCCGGGUCCCGGAUGCGUCCGGCUCCGCUUUUGCAAACUCGCCACGAGCCAAGUCACCGGACCGCGGAGUCACCGAGUCCGCGAUGACGCCUGAUCCGCUCAACUUGAAAAAAGGCUGGAUGACCAAGCUGGACCAAGAUGGAACGUGGAAGAAACAUUGGUUUGUUCUCACGGCCCGGAGUCUGCGCUUCUACAAAGACUCGCUGGCCGAAGAGGCCUCAGAAGCGGACGGCGAGAUCCAUCUUUCCACGUGUUGCGACGUCCAAGAGUUCCCCGUCCAGAGGAAUUACGGCUUCCGAAUCCUGUGUCAAGGAGGCGCGUGCACCCUGUCGGCCAUGACCUCCGGAAUCCGCCGCAACUGGAUCCAGGCCAUCACGAAGAACGCUCGAGCCGCCGUCGCCCCCGACGUCACUCGGUCCGUCGCCGAGGCGAAUCCCAAAGGGCGGGCGACGCCGGAGCCGCGUCGACGGGUCCGGCCCGAGCCGAGCCCCCGUCCCGAGCCCCCCGACGCCGACGGCCACGGGCGGCCGACGGGCAACGGGGCCUCCGCCCCGCCUUGGGAACCCCGCGAAAGCGGGCUUGGUGAGCGCCGCCCAAAGACCCUCGACCGGUCGGAGUUCCAAAUGGACAAGACGGGCGAGCCGGCGAAGGAGCGGGCGGACGCCGUCGACCGCAGCCCGUCGCUUUCCGCCACCGCGUCCCGCCGCUCCUCAUCGUCAUCCUCCCCCGUCCCGACCUCGGCCCCGCCGUCCCCUCGCGUACAGACAGAAGAUGACGCGAGCCGACCGCCGAAUGGCGUUCUCCCGAAGUCUCCCGCGCGGCCGUCCUUACUGGAAAGCCCGGAGCGAGGAGGAAUGGAAGUCGACCGCCCCGCGGCUCGGCGCGACGUCGAGGGAGAGACGUUCGGCGUCUCGUCGAGCGCGAAAGAGGAGAUUGAGCGGCGGUGGCUCCAGGUGGAGACGACGCCGCUGAGGGAAGAGAAGCGAGUGCCCAUCGGCGCGUCUUCGGAGAACUCCGACGCCGACGGACUGCCGGCGCAGCGGCUGGCCGCGCCGUUCCACGAAGAGUUGGGACAGAAGCAAGAAGUGUUGGAGCAGCUUCAGAGACGGAACGGUCUGUUGCAGGAGCGGCUGGAAGAUGCGCUGGGAAGAGAACAACGUGCCAGAGAUGGCUACGUCCUGCAAGCCGCGUGCGAGCGUGGCUUCGCGGCGAUGGAAGAAACCCACCGCAAGGUGGUGGAAGACCUCCAGCGGCAGCACCAGAGAGAGAUUUCCAACCUGACGGAGGAGCGCGAGAGACUCCUGGCCGAGGAGACGGCCGCCACCGUUGCCGCCAUCGAAGCGAUGAAGAAUGCGCACAAGGAGGAACUGGAGAAGAACCGGCGCUCCCAGCUCAGCGGACUCGACGCCGAUAUCGAUCAACUUGGACUACAAUACCGGGAGGAGCUGCAGUCCAUCCAGAGGGAGCUGGAGGUUUUGUCCGAGCAGUAUUCUCAGAAAUGUCUGGAGAACGCCCACCUGGCUCAGGCCCUGGAGGCCGAGCGGCAGGCCCUCGGGCGGUGUCGGCGACAGAACCGGGAGCUCGACGCUCACAACCAGGAAUUAAAUGGCCGCCUGAGUGCGGAGAUCGCACGCAUGCGCUCGUGUCUCAGCGGGGAGACGGCGCUGUCCGCCGUGACGCCGGGCAAAGAUGUCUACGAGCUGGAGGUGCUGCUGCGCGUCAAGGAGUCCGAGAUUCAGUAUCUGAAACAGGAAAUCCACUCUUUGAAGGACGAGCUGCAGGCGGCUCUGAGGGACAAGAAGUACGCCGCGGACAAACAUAAAGACAUCUACGCCGAGCUGAGCAUCGUCAAAGCCAAAGCCGACUGCGACGUCGGCAAACUGAAGGAGAAACUCCACAUCGCCACCCAAGCGUUGGGCGACGGGACCGUUUCGUCCGGAUACGACCUCAUGAAAUCCAAAAGUAACCCCGACUUCAUGAAAAAAGAACAGACGACGACCUCCGAGCCAUCCAGAAGUGUCAGGUCAAAGAGCCUGAAAGAAGGACUGACCGUUCAAGAGCACAUGAAGCUGUUUCAGGCAAAAGAAUCCGAAAAAAUCUGAAUGCCAACAGCCCAGAAGCUUUUCUCUCUCUCUCUCUCUCUCUCUCUCUCGCUCUCGCUUGCUCCCCCCCACCACGCCCAACUUCAUACUUGAUGUAGAACAGGUGAGAGCCAAGGGUCCAUGCAAGACCCUUGGCUUCCUUGAACACAAUUUUUUGGGGUGGGGGCGGGGGGGGGCAUGUUGACUGUUUUACUGGACUGAAAGAAGUUCUAUAGAUAAAAUGGAUUGAACGUGUCUUUGAAAUUGGAGACGUGUUAGAUAAUCUGCGAGGAGGAUACGUGACAGCAUUUUUUAUCGUCCCACAUGCCAAAUAGAUAACAUGUUCACAAUCUGAAUUUUUUUUUUCCUGAUCAGAAAUAUUUGUCUGCUGUAGUUCAUUGUUUCAAUUUCUAUAUGGAAUGAUUUGAAUGUGUAUGAUGUACACAACUACUGGACAUGCAGUCUGUAGGCGCAUGGUAGGUUAUUUUCUUGGUGCAUCUGCUGUACUAUCAACUCAAGUCUGACUCUUGGAAUUUGGGAUGUUUACGUGAGAUGAUUAUUAUUUUUUUUAAUGGCGGGUGGUUUUCCAGUCUAUCAUGAUUUUCAAAUACUGCGGUGCAACCGAACCUGGUGAUUGGCCGAUGCUUCGGUCUGUCAUUUUUCUUUAUUUCGAUUUUGUAUGACAAAUACACGUUCGGACUUAACAUGAUGAUAUUGAACACGCCGCCUCGUUUUCCUAUUUAGUGCGGAACUCUGCUACCAUACCAUUUGCGAGUCCUACUGCUUCACCGUGACUGUGAGCUGCAAGUCCCCGAAGCAUUCGGUCCGACCCCUGCACUCUCGCUUGCCUUCUAGUUGUGCCUCAACACAGUGGAAAAAGACAAACCACUUGUAAUCAAAUCAAAUAUAUAUUU